GCCUCCUGACCAACAAAAGGUGCCAAAGAUGGGGAAAAUAUCAGCAGUAAUUCUGAAGCUAAAGCUUUCUGAUGCCUUACUAUUGGAAAACUGAGAUGAUAACUGAGCUUAUUCAGAUUGGAUAACUGUGGCUGCUGAACUUUGAUGUAUCAUUAAAUCUCUCCUAUUUUAAGAAUGGUGAAUUCUGAGGAAGAAGCAGCUGGUCUGUUGAGCAGCUUCUAACUGUGUUGAAAAUGCCAGCAGUCGAAAGUGAGGCAAAGGCAAAAACCAAAGUUCGCUUUGAGGAGAUCUUCAGACGUCAUGCUGAACUAACAGACAGAAAUAAAUCAAAGAAAAAGAAUUUUCACUCUCAAGAGAAUAUUGUGCUUGAUACCUUCAGAAGUAAUAUUGACCUAGCUAAGGAAAGUGUGAAUGAUGAAGCAAUUAUAAACAACACAUAUAAUCCUGAACAACAGAGUCCUCGAUUUACAAAAAAUAAACUGAGAGAGAAAGCCUCAAUUGCAGAGAAAAUAAACAAUGAUGUUAUUAGCGGAGAGGAAAACAAGCGACCAAAGUCUAACAAGAAGAAAAAGAAAUCAUCAUUACAAGAACAAUUUAAUGAGGAGGAGGAUUUAUAUGAAGCUAAAUUGGAGAGUUUUGAGAAAAAGAUUAAUGAUUUUCCAAAGAAGAAAACAAAAAGUAAAUCACAAACAGAUGUACCUCAUGAAGGGAGUCCUAGAAAGAUUAAAAAUUCUUUGACUGAAGCGAGAAAUGUAACUGAUUUAGAAGAGGAAGAAGAGCUAAUUCGAGCCUAUCAGCGGCAUGUGGCUGAGGAUGAGGCAAAUGCAAUUAAAAAGAAAAUAAGAACGAAACUUAAAGAACAGAUGUCUGAAUUUACCUUCAGUGUUCAAAGCCAGGAAGUUGUAUUGAACAAUGAAGUGGGCAAGAAGAAGAAAAAGAAGAAAGAAAUAGCGGUUUUAAGUGAAGCUGAAACAAGUGCAAUGUCCCUUUCUGAGACACAGCAGCAUCCAGCAGAAGAUGACAAUGAAAAUCGGUCAUUGGAAAGACAAUGUACAUCAGAAGGACAGAAAUUGGAGGAAAGCAUGGAUAAACAAAAACCUAAAGCAAAAAAGGUUAAAAGGAAACCCAGAAAAGAAGAAAGCACAGAAGUUACUGCAGAAAAUGCCAAGGAAAUGGAGAAUUCAGAAAUUUCAGCUCAGUCUAAAUUUGAUGAUGAUCUUGUGUUGGGAGUGUAUGUCCAUCGAUCUGAUAGACUUAAAACUGAUCUUCUGGUGUCUCAUCCUGUAGUUAAAAUCCAUGUCGUUGAUCAGAGAAGUGGUUUAUACAUCAAGAAGGAUCAUAGCAAGAGGAAAAUUUCGUCUUGUUAUGAACAAGAACAAAUAGAUCAUGUUCUUCCUGUUAUGACACAACCAUAUGACUUCAGACACUCUAAAUCAACAGUUCCAGAGUGGGAGGAGCAAGUCAUAUUUAAUGAACGUUUUAGUUACUGUAUUCAAAAUACUGAAGAAAGCCCUUGGGUAAUACUGUUUUUUGAGAUCCUUGACUUUUUACGUGUGGAUGACGUGAAAGCCAGCUCUGAUGUACAGACUCAGGAAUGUGGUUUCCGAAAAAUUUGUUGGGCAUUUCUAAAGCUUGUAGGUGCAAAUGGAGUUCUAAAUGUUGAUGGAAAACUCCGCCUGCAAUUAUAUUACCCACCUCCCAGGACCAAGUUACGUUCAAAUGUUGUUGAGGUUUAUGAGUGGUGGACAAAAUGUCCUAGAAACCGUUACCCAUCAACUUUAUAUGUAACUGUAAGAGGCAUAAAACUGCCAGAUCAUGUCGCUCCUUCUUUCCACUCUAUGGUAGCUGUUCAGCAGGAACAAAGUAGUGCAGCACUCUGCGAGCUCCAGAGAGAGGGAUCUAAAAAAUCAUGUGAACCUUUUCUAGAGGAGAAAAAGGAGCCAUUUAAAUGGACAAGAUUGCCUGGACAGGCCUGCCGCAUACCGAACAAGCAUCUCUUUUCACUGCGAGGUGGAGAUAUGGGCUGUCUCUGUGUUCGUUUCUCUCAUGAUGGGAAAAUUCUGGCAGCAGCAUGUGCAGGAAGAAAUGGCUAUCCCAUUGUUUUGUAUGAAAUUCCUUCUGGGCAGUUCCUGAGAGAAUUUUUUGGUCACCUUAACAUAGUGUAUGAUCUUUGUUGGUCAAAAGACAAUCAAUACCUUCUUACAGCAUCCUCUGAUGGCACUGUCAGAAUGUGGAAGAUAGAAAUGCAGGCAGCAUCUGCAGCAAGGGUUUUCCCUCAUCCUUCGUUUGUUUACACUGCAAAGUACCACCCAGUUGCUGACUCCUUGGUCGUGACAGGAUGUUAUGACUCAGUAAUUAGAAUCUGGAAUGCAGAUGUGAAAGAAAUCCAUGGGCAGCUGUUACAAGAGCUUGAUGGUCACAGAAGUUUUAUUAACACGCUUUGUUUUGAUGCAGACGGGCUCCACAUGUUCUCAGGAGAUAGUUCGGGAAUGAUAAUAGUUUGGGAUACAUCUGUCAAAGGAAAUUCUCAACACCUGUUUCAACACUGGAGGAUUAGUCAGGAAAUAAAAGAAAAUGAUAUUAAAGGAACACCAAUAAAUCAUUUGGAGAUGCAUCCAAAUGGAAGACGUUUAUUAAUCCAUGCCAAAGACAGUACCCUAAGAAUCAUGGAUCUCAGAAUCUUGGCUACAAAGAAAUAUGUAGGUGCCACAAAUUAUAGGGAAAAGAUUCACAGCACUAUAACACCAUGUGGUACAUUCCUGUUUUCUGGAAGUGAAGAUGGAAAGGCUUAUGUUUGGAAUCCAGAAACAGGAGAUCAGGUGGCCAUAUAUUCUGAACUCUCCUUCACAUCUCCGCUUCGUGAUGUUGCCUUUCAUCCACAUGAACACAUGGUGUCAUUUUGUGCCUUUGGUCAAAACCAGCCAAUACUUGUAUAUAUUUAUGAUUAUAAAGUUGCUCAACAGGAGGCUGAACUCAUGAAAGAUCUCGGUUCAUCACUUACUGCAGCUGCACCAAGAGGGCCACAGCUUCUUAGCAGUUUUUCUGAUAUUCCUGUACAAAAAGGUUCAGUGGUGUCUCCAGCAGAUCAGUUUGUCAGUGUUGCAAGAGCAUCAAUGAGAAUGCAGAAGGUGAAACAAAAGCUGGAUUCUGUUACAGCAAGCUCAAAUCUCUUGCUUCCGGCGCCAUCGUCGCUGUCACCACACUCCAAGCUAGGACUGCCAGGCACUCUGAGCACUUCACUGAAUCCUCUGUAUUCCUUAACUGCUAAAAGUGAGGAGCUGGGAUCACUGUGCAAAAGACUCAGUAGCAGCCACAGUGCAUGGGAGGGAAGGUAUCUACCUCUCCUAAGAGGAAGCCUAUGUCCAUUGACUUCAUACCCAAUUGUGACAAGGACAGUGACUCAACCACCUCCUGGGCAGCCUGUUGUACUUCCAGGGUGUUUCAGCCCAGUAGGAAAUCCUCUUAGCCGAACACUUUUGGGUAGACUGCAGACGAAUGAUGACUGCCUGACUGCGCUGGGGAUAAGAGGAGAAAGCAGUUGUCCACUUGGACAAGAGACAGUAGUGGCUCUUUAUGACUACACAGCGCAUCGAUCAGAUGAGCUAACCAUCCAUCGCAGUGACAUUAUCCAAGUGUUAUACAAAGAUAAUGAUAACUGGUGGUUUGGCAGCCUAGCAAAUGGACAGCAAGGCUAUUUUCCAGCUAAUUAUGUGGCUGGUGAAAAAGAAUAUGAAGAACAACCUUCAGGAUUAGUGCCAGAUUCUGCUCCUCUCCUACCUGAAGCACUAACAGAAGCAAAGGAAGGCUCUCCAGCACUACAUAAGAUGUCACCAGUCAUCAGUAAAUCAGGGGACCUAAAAUUCAGCUUGGAGCGUGACACAGAUACAGACUUACCUGCAAUACAAGGUGCAAAGAAAAAGAAGAAAAGGAUACAGAGGAAAGAGCAAGAAAAUCAGAACAACUUAAUGGGUCUCGAUACUGCUGCAUCAUCAGUUACAGCUAAUGGUGUUGAAAAUGAACCUACAGCCCAUGGGGUGGAAUUGAAGAAGAAAAAAAAAGCAGUGAGAGGCUCAAGCUUGAGCACAAAGGGAAAGACAAAUAUUGCCUUUGAGUCUGAAAGCUGUGACACAUAGUCGUAAUUUAAUUCCAAAUACUGGUGUGAUAUUCAGUAUACACAUUGAAGGCUGCAACUACAAUCUCAUUUCUAGGAUUAACAAGAAACAAAGGGAGAUACUCAAGUAUGCAAAAUGACACCAGUUGUGACUUAACAAUGGUGUAAACCCAUUUUGAAAAAUUUUUGCCCUGGGCUCCUUGAAAUCAACAGAACUUGAAUGUUCAGCUCCUUACUGGACUGGUAAAAUCUGAAAACAACUAUCAUAUUUCAUGAGAACCCCACUGAUGGAUAGAAUGUGAACUAGUUUGAUAUUCGAUUACAUCUUAACUUGGGCACUUCUGUAUAUUCUGAAGAUCAGUCCACUGGGAGCAGAGAAUCGAGUGAAAAAGUGUGAUCUAGAGUGAAAUUCCUGAUAGAUAUGGGACAGGCGAGGAGUAUAGUCAGGACCCUAAAUUUUAGGAAAGCAGAUUUCCAGCUCUUCAAGGAGUUAGUCAGUAGGACCCUGUGGGACACGGUCCUUGGAAACAAGGGAGAGAAACACAGCUGGCAGAUAUUUAAGGAUGCUUUCCAUAAAGCGCAAGAGCGCUCAGUCCUGCUGUGUAGCAAAUUGGGCAGGGAAGGGAAGAGACCAGUGUGCAAGAGGCAACGGCACAGGCGGUGCAAGCAGGGACAGGUAGCCUAGGAAGAGUACAGGGACACUGCCCAGUUGUGUAGGGCUGGGGACACGAAGGCCAAGGAGCAGCUGAAGCUGCAUGCAGGCUGAGGAGGUGAUCCGAGACAGCCAGCAUGGCUUCACCAAGGGCAAGUGCUGCCUCACCAACCCAGAUUGCUUUCUAUGAUGGGGUAACCACAUCAGUAGACAGAGGAAAAGCAAUGGGUGUGAUCUCUCUGGACUACUGUAAGGCCUUUGAAACGGUCCCCCACAACAUCCUUCUCUCUGAAUUAGAGAGGUGUGGAUUUGAUGGGUGGACUGUUCAGUGGUAAGGAAUUGUUUGGAUGGUGGCAUUCAGAGAGUAGCGAUCAACAGCUCAAUGUCCAGGUGGAGAUCUGUCACAAGUGGUGUCCCUCAGGGGUCCAUACUGGGACCAGUGCUGUUUAAUAUUUUCAGCAAUGAUAUAUACAGCAACAUUGAGUGCACCCUUAGCAAGUUUGCAGAUGACACCAAGGUGAGUGGUGCAGUUGUCACACCAGAAGGAUGAGAUGUCAUCCAGAGAGAGCUGGACAGACUGGAGAAGUGGGCCUGUUUGAACCUCAUGACGUUCAACAAGGCCAAGUGCAAGGUCCUACACCUGGGUCAAGGCAAUCCACAGCUUCAGUACAGGAUGGGGGAUGAUGUGAUUGAGAGCAGCCCUGUACUUGGGGGUGCUGGACAGUGAGAAGCUUGACAUGAGCUGGCAAUGUGUGCUCGCAGCCCAGAAGGCCAACCAUAUCCUGGGCCGCAUCAAAAGAAGUGUGGCCAGCAGGUCGAGGGAGGUGAUUCUCCCCCUCAGCUCUGCCAUGGUUGGACCCCACUUGGAUUGCUGUGUCCAGUUCUGGAAUCCUCAACAUAAGAAAGUUACAGAACUGUUGGAGCAGGUCCAAAGGAGGGCCAUGAAGAUGAUCAGCGGGCUGGAGUAACUCCUGUAUGAGGACAGGCUGAGAGAGUUAGGGUUCAGCCGGGAGAAGGGAAGGCUCCAGGGAGACCUUACAGUAACUUUCCAGUACCUAAAGGGGGCUACAAGAAAGCAGGGGAGGGACUUUUUGCAAGGGCAUGUGGUAACAGGAUGAAUGGGAAUGGCUAUAAAUUGGAGGGAGGAAAGAUUUAAACUAGACAUUGGGAAGAAAUUCUUCACAAUGAGGGAUGAGGCACUGGCACAGGUUGCCCAGGGAAGUUGUGGCUGCCCCAUCCCUGGACGUGUUCAAGGAUUGUGUGGAGCCUUGAGCCACCUGCUCUGGUGGGAGGUGUCCCUGCCCAUGGCAAGGGGGUUGGGACUGGAUGAUCUUUAAAGUCCCUUCCAAUGCAAACCAUUCUAUGAUUCUAUGAAAAGAAGCCCAACCACUAUGUAAGUUAUUAAAUUAGCAUUUUGAAAUGUGUUGUAUGUAAAAGAGAGGAGUGCUCAGAAUGGUAAAAUUCCAAAGGAAUGCUGGCAUUACAGCAUACCUGGAAACAGAAGCAUUUUAAAAAUGUUUUCCUGAUGCCACAUUUUCUUGGACUGCAUUUUGCAGCUCUGAAGUGAAUUGUUGAGUAACUACCUAUGCAACUGCACUGUCUUCAGUGUGGCUACUCAUGCUUAACAAUGUAAAUAAGUGUUGCAAAUUUCAGGCAGUUCUAUUUUUCAAAUGAGGUUUUCUGCACAGAAUGAAGGUGCAUUGUAGUUUUGUCACAGUUCCUGGCUGCUUUGGCAGCAGUCUUGCCAAAUACACUUUCUUUUCUUUGAAUGAAACAUUUGAUAUCCAACACUACUGUUUUAUAUGUAGUCCUUAUUCCGUCGUGUCAUUAAUCUGUAUUUUUACUUGACUGUUUUGUUGUGAACUUCUACUAAUGACUUCACUAGUUAUCUACAGUGCUAAAUAAUUUAUGUUUUAUAUUAAAGGAAACACUUCCUAUCAGUUAAUGUUGGUAUUUUUUCUGGCUGAUGGUGUCCAGUUUAUUUUUACUCUGCUAGGAAAUUCUUCCUCCUCCCCCUCUGAAGCAAUAAAUAACAUAAAAUUAGAAAGCCCUUAUUUAGUAGACAAGGCACUUGAUUCCAUUAAAAAAAGAAGUGAGAAUAACAAUGUUGGGCACUGAUGUGUGAAAUGCACCCAGAUGCAGAGGACUAGCUGCUAUAUAUUGCAGUAUCUUCCCUGCACAUGUUUUAAAGCCAGAAAAAUUGGUAAACUUGUUUCUUUUGAGUAAAGCACUGGAGCAAAUAGUCUUUCUGGGCCCCAGCUAUAAUUGUUCUUUGCUAGCAGUCCUGACGUUGCUUUGCCUGGAGCGUAUAUAUGGAGUUCUCCCCUAAAUGGGACUUGCAUUUAUGUACUAGAAACUUAUUAAUGUCUCUUUUCCCAGUCAGUGGUGGCAUAAAAUUAUCUUAGUCCUGAGACUGCCCGGUUCUAGUGAGGCUCAUAGCCUCUUAUAUCUGCUUUUGCAACAUAUUCCAACUCAUCAUUCUGUGUGACAUACGGGCUUCAAAGUUUUCAUAAAAGAAAAGUCUCAACGUCUUAUGUUUCUUAAAAUGUCCUGGAUCACAUUUAAAAUAAGGGCAGAGCAUGACGUCAGGCUCCACAUCAGGGAGAACUGAGGAGCAGCCAAGAUCUGGGAGCUCAUUGGAAAGCAUUGUAAAAUGUUAAUUUGGCAUUGUGGACACUGAAGACAGAAAUAACACUUCAGAUAAACACCACUGAGAGAUGGUAGUUCUAAUCAAAGGCACAGCACCUCCUUUCAUGCUUGCGAACUAGGGCUCCAAUUAUGUUCACUGCUCUGAAGCUGAAUAGAGCCGCUUUGCCACACUUUCCAAAUUGAGAGGAGAGGCAGCAGUAGUGUCUUCCAAGGCACAGUUCCAAAUAACAAUUAAGCAGAAGGAAUCAGAUAAGAGCCAAACAUGAAAAUGCAGGGAGUUGAAAAUAAACUUUCCACGAUGUUUUCUUGUAAUUGCAAUAGCUUUUGGUUUGUUUUUAUAAUUUUUCCUCCCUCCGACGUGGUUGGUCUUCUAUCGCUUUAUACCAUGUCACUGUGGUACUACAGUUUUCUGCAUUCAUUUGACAGAAAAUGAAGAAAAAGAUCUGAAAUUUCAAGAAAAAAAGUUUAAGUGAUUCUUCAGCAUUAAAAUUACAACCUUCCGACUAAAGUCUCUUCAACAAAUUAUUAACAUGGCAAAGGGCAAAGACAGUUUUUAGCUUUUGUUCAAAAAUAUGGCUGAUACGUUCACUUUUACAAAAAAAACUUUGUGUUAGUUGAUUCUUUGU